AUGCCAGCAUCAACAAAAUCGAACUUUUGCAUUCAGGCUCAGUGGCAGUCCACAGAGUGCUUAGAGGGCACAAAAAACAUUACUGCUUUUUCCACAAUGGAUUGUCCGUACUUUAUCACUAAAAGCAAAAAGGAAGUGGCCACUUCCGGUGGAGCAUGUAGCACAGGGGGCAUUGACAAGACUGGAAAGUGGAAAAUGCUUUUGAUGAUGGUUUCCUUGAUUUCAAACUUUGUUGCUGGUGUCGCUACAUCAAAUUUCGAAAAAAAAGACGUUGCCUGUAUUGGAGCUAGAGACGUAGUGGAUCCGCAACAACACAAGGCACCAGACGGACAAGUUUGGCACACUUUUGAAAAAACCGAUCAUGCGUUGGAUUACAUCGAAUCGUUGUACUUGAAUGGAACUUUGUUGACCGGAGUUAACAUUUACUGCAAUGAUGAUCAAAUUGCGUUGGAAGACAUUGAAGUAACUCCCGAUGACAACGUUGACGUAACCAAAAGAUGGUCCUGCUCAUCUGCACCACUUGGAACAAAGUUUACACAACGGAGAGUAGUUGGUAAUGAUACUUGGUGGACACCAUGGGUAAAAGGCGAUUGUGCGUACAACAAGGACGACAAAGAGGUGAAGAAAACCAUCACGUGGAAAAACUCCGUCACUGCCAAUAUAAGCCACGGAUUUGAUUACAAGCUUGCUCAGAAAUAUGCUGCAUCUGUUGGCAUCAAAAUUGCCAAAUCCGUCAAAAGAAAAGGAUCUCAGGUUGAAAACAUUGGUGCAAACGAUGUUUUAUCCAUCUGGUCUCAAGUACCAGUGUAUCACUGUGAGCAACAAACUCAAAAAUGUGUAAGAAAGUCCUACGCGAAACACGGUUGCAAAUGUGGCCAUUGGUCUGAUAAAAUAACAGGAGACCUUCCCAUAAAAACCGAUAUUGUUAAUUUAGGUCUCAGUUCUGGAGCUGAUGCCCAGUGUUAG